AUUCAAAAAAACAGUGAGGAGCCAUAAGCCACAUUUCAUUACAGAUUAACAUACCCAGUUAUCAAUUCACUUGCCCGAAUCACCGCUCAAAACUCACAUCGACCGACUCAGGCGUGCCAUUACAGGUUCUUGGAGCAUGGUUUUCCCACGCCAAAUUUAUAGCCAACUCGGGCAAAUUGAUUUUCAGAACUGGGAAUUUUGACUUAGCCAGAGUGAAAUGCCAGUUCUCUUUUUUAAAGCAUUUCAACAAAGAAUGUGCUACACCAUGGUGUUUUGGCGCUCCCUCCUGCCUGAAGACGAGAGAUCCAAUGAGAGCUCCAUCUAAGAGGCGAUUAUUUAGACUGGCUUGAUAAUUGCAAUCACAAUCCAGCGUCACCGCCAAAUGGAUUUCAACAGAGGGUAGAGGUAGUGGGGAUGGUGGCUAGUAAUUAAUUAUGUUGAUAAAUUACAUAUUUUAAAGUUCAGGCUGCAGCUGCUGGGUCCAUAAGCCAUGCCGCUGCAACUGAGCCUUUGACAACAUAAAAAUGGACAUGAAUGCUGAGCUGCCAAUAAAUACCCUGCAAGCGGUAGAUGAAAGAUGAACCGUUGAACAGCAGCUAGCCUUAAGAUUAGAUGAGGGUCCACCGGGAUGGCAAAGCCAGAUACAGGCAAUUAGUACUGAAAAGAAAGAAUUAAAAGAAGAAGAAAAAGAAAGCAAUUUAACUAGUGAGGCUGAGGAGCUACGCAGAGCAUCAAGACAAGCAGUUGAUAAAGGUGAGUCUUCUUACAGGAGUAACCUGAAAUCAUUAGGAAAUUGUGUCUCCAACUGAAAUAAGUAAAAAGUAAAGACUAAUUCCCAUAAUCUUAUCCCAACAAUUUAAUUUUUAACAGUUAGAUAAAAAAAAAUGCUUUCUCAACUUUUCUUUUUCUCAUAUAUGAAUGACCAUCUGGUUUAUCUCUUACAUACUCGACCUUUUAUUUGUUCC